AUGCAAUCAGGCAGCAAUAAUAAUAAUACUGGCCAUCAUUCUAAUAACAGCAACAACAACUUUUACCCAACAACAAAUCAACAACAAUAUAUAUUCCAACAACAACAACUUUUACCUUAUUCUAAUAAUGCCUCUAAUUCUGCUCAUUCUUCCCCUUUGAGACGUUCAGUAGCUCAACAAGCCGUUUCACCAUUAGCUUCUCCUAUGGAGUCUAGACGUGUUUUUAUGGCAACUCAUCAUCAAAAUAAUUCGAGUGGAGGAGGUGGAGGUGGAUCACCUCCACCAACACAAGGACAAAUUUUAGGAACUGCUUCACACCCUGCAACAGCUGUUGGUCUGUCUGCUGUUCAAUUAGGUUACGCAAUCCCCGCCUGUCGUUUGCUAAUUGAUCCCCACACCGGACAACAAUUCUUUGUCCCAACAGUUACAGCUCCACAACCAUUAGCUACAGCAGCUGCCCCAGCAUUUUUUCAACCAAUAUAUACACAACAAACUGCUUAUUUUCAACAACCCCCACUAGCUAAUUUUUCUUCAAAUAAUUCUUCAAAUAGUCGUCAACGUCAACAUAAUAAUCAAGUUUUGUUGUCUCCUUCAUCUUCCCCUCCUAAUCAGCAUCAUCAACGCCAUUUACCAGCAACGGCGGUUUCGCAACCACAAGGUCCCUUCCUCUACAAUAUUGGACAUCCCCAACAACAAUUAACUUCUUCUAGUGGUUUUUAUACUAGCACCCAACAGCAGCAACAACAAUUACAACGUUCCCCAUCCUCAUCUAAUCAUCAUCAUUCUCAUCAUUAUGUUACCAGCGGUGGUGGCCCGCAUCGGAGUCAAAGCCCACUCGGUACUUCUCCUCGAGAUGACAGAUUGGAAGACUCCUCUACCGCCGGACUUCCAUAUAAAGUUGAAAUGCCACCAUCAACUGUUGGAAGUAUUGCAUAUAAUGAUGAAAGACGUAGACCAAGUAAUGAUACAUAUAAAGGUUAUGAUGUGGAAACUGAAGAAGAACAAAUUUGUCAAAGAGGAAAUUAUUAUAAUGAUAGAAAUUUCCAUCAACAGCAACAACAAUUCCAACGACGUGAACAGGCGCGUCUUUCUACGGAGUCGAGACAAAGCAAUUCGACGAGAGAUAGUGGAAGAGGUGGAUUAGUGUUUGGCUCUCCAGAUAAUAACAAUAAUAGUGAUAUUGAAGAACCCUCUCCUCGUUAUUAUUCUUCCUAUUCUCCCCCACCUGCUCAUCAAUAUAAACACCAACACCCCCAUCAUUACAACCAAAAUAAUCAAAUGUCAACUUCAACAAUUAUUGGAGGUGGUGGGGGUUCUUCUGAUUCAACUUCUGGAUUUGCUUCAAUGAUUGGAGGUUGUGAAAAUAAAAAUUAUUCAAAUAGAGGAGGUGGAGGGACAUUUUUAUUGGAAGAUAGUUUUCAUCAUUCUCCACAAAAACAGCAACAUGGAGGAGUGUUUGGGAGUAAUAAUAAAGCAUCAUUUGCAUCGUCACCUCCUUUUAGAGUAAAGACAACAACAGAUUUGCCUUCUCACCAUCAACAACAACAGCAACAAUUAUCUUCCCAAACUCGAAUGAAGGCAAUUAGAAUGGAUAUAGAUUUGAGUAGUUCUGGACUAGGUAGUGGAGGUUCUACACCUAUGGAAGGAAAUGGAGGAGGAUUAACACGUAAUGGAAGACCGUCGUCUUUUGGAAAUGUUUUUGCUAGUGGAGGAGGGGGAAAAGGUGGAGGAACAGAUAAAAUAACUGCUACAACUACAGCAACAACUAUGGCCGGUGAUGAAUUAUCUGUUAGAGGUGCCACAGUUUUACGUACUGCCCCACCAACAGCCUUUACAAUAUCAUUUAAUGAUGAACAUGCUCAACUUGGUGGACAAGUCUCGAUUGCUGAAGUUUCAUUACAAGAAGCAGCACGUCAAGCACCUAAAGGUCGUCGUCUUAUGUUGUCAAGAAAAAACGAAAAUGUCAACAACAAACAAAAGCAACAACAAUUACAAGAUUCUGGUUCUGAAUGUGGUGGAGAUCCAAAACGUUGGUUAUUUCGUAAAAUGAUGAUGGGAAGAAAAGGGGAGGCGUCUAAAAGUAGUGAUAGACGAAGACGACGUAGUGGAAGCGCUAUAUCUGAGGCAACAACUUCAACAACAAUGAGUGGUGGAGGGGGUGGACAUGAAACAACAACAGAAGAAGGACAAGAAGAUUUGGCAUCAGAAGCGGGUACUUAUGUAGUUGAAAAUAAAAUAAAGACAGGUGGAACAACAAAUGAUGUAAUGACAACAAGUCAAAUAAGUGGAGUUAGUAAUACAAGUAGUAAUAGAACAACACAGAGAUGUUAUGAUAGUGAUUCUGAUUCAUCUUCUUCAACACAUGCUUCUACACAUACUUCAUCAACUGGACGAACUCCUUCACCUGGUAACCCUCCUAUUUCUGCUACUACAACUACAACAAAUAUACGUCCACCUCUUACAAUUAGUGGGCAAGUUGGAAAGCGUUCUUUAAUGAGUGAUUUGCGUCAAUUACGAGAAAGUGGACAGAUUGAAAAACCUUCAAUAAUUAAUCAACAAUCUGCUUCUAAUGUCAAAAUUUCCAAUAAAAAAAUUCCGCCUAAAACCCUUGGAGUGGUUCCAACUUCAACUAAACUUGCUUCAACAGCUCCCCCAAUUCCCCCACAUCGUGGUAAUUCUGCUGGUGUUGCAACGACAAUAACAACAAAUUCGAAUCAAAAUCAAAAGAAGAAUACUACAGUGUUUGCUUCAAAUCCAAUUCCAUUUAGUCGUCCAUGUCGUUGUCCCACACAACAUCAACAACAACAGCAGCAACAACAACAGGCAUUUAGAGAAGCGUUUACUUCAAAUCGUUCAAUUUCUGCAACAUUAACAAACCAAGAACAACAAAAUUCAAAACAACAAAGUUCAUUUUCUCGUUGGAAGGCUGCUCAACAAAAACAACAACAAUUAAUUGAUAAACAACCACCAUUAGAGUCUCAUCGUUCCCAUGAUGAAUUAAAUAGAUUAGCUGAAGUUUGUGAUGAUGAGGAUGAUUCUAUUGGCUUGAUAAGUGAUUCUUGUAAUACUAGUCUUCAAAGAACAGUUGAUGAACUUACUCAAAAAUGUCAUAAAAGCAUUGCUUUACUCAAGCUUUGUAAUCAAUCUUCACUUUCUCCAUCUGUUGAACACUUACUUGAACGUGUUGCACAAACAGGGGUUUUAACAGAAGAAGGGAGCAAAGAAAGGGGAGGAGAUGUUUCUUGUGUAGGGGGAAAAAGCGGCGUUGUAACCUCUUCUAACGAAAAUAUUUCUGAUCGUUUAGAACAGCUUAGUUCAGCAUUUGAUGCUAUACAAAAAUAUUUGGAAGAACAAACAACUACUACAACAACAUUUUCUGGUCAACAAAAAUCACAACAACAAUCACCACAACGCACAUUUAGUGGAACUUUUGUAGUGAAAAAGAGUCGUUCUGGAGGUGUUUCACUUGACGUGGCAGAUGAGGAUACAUUAAAAUACCAAACAAAGGAAAAGAAAAAAUAG